AUGCCGAGUCAACAAGAUUCAGUCACAGUUCGAGCUGUAUGCGUACUUAGAAAUGGUGAAAAUAACAACAUCCAAGGUGUCAUUCAUUUUGCUCAAAUGAUCGGCAUUAAUCAAAUGAAAAUCACUGGAGAAUUACGGGGCUUACCAACGGAUCGAAAACUUACUUUUCGCGUACAUGAAUUUGGAGAUUUGAGUACGGGUGUGACAUCAACUGGCGGACGAUUUAAUCCAGAUGUGAAAUCGUCGAACCUAUCAAAAGAUCCAACAAAUAACAAUGAGAAUGAGUAUGGUAAUUUACAAAUAAGUCCAGAAGGUCAAGCCAAAAUCGAUGUAAUUGAUAAACGUUUGACUUUAUUCGGUCCAUCGUCGAUUAUUGGUCGAUCAGUGGUUAUAACAGAUGAGAAAGAAGAAGAUUUCACACGUGUUGAUACUGAAGACAACAAAGGAACUGUGAGCAGUCCAACAAAUCGUCUGGCUGCUGGUGUGAUUGGCAUUUGUCAAUGA